AUGCCGCCCGCGGCGCCGGCCGUCGGUAGCAAGCAGGCGCAGAGCUUGGCAGAGGAGGACGCCGCCAUCAGCGUGCGCCUCCUGACCCACGUCUCGGCGCUGCUCAAGGGGAAGCAGCCGCUGUUCAAGGCCGUGGCGCAGAGCUUCCUGGCAGUGUCGGAUGCGGCGCAGAACGGCAGCUUGGAGGCUGUGCUGGCGGCGCAGGCGAAUUUUCAGCGCGACAUGGAUAACCUCGAGCUGCAGCUGAAUCGCUUCCGGGCAGCCAACGAGGCGAACGAGCGCGAACAGGAGGGGUACGCAGCAAAGCAGCAGCAGCUGGAGGGGCAGAUACAGCAGGCGCUGGCAGACAUAGAGGCGAAAAAGCAGGAGCUGCAGGCGGCGCGGGUGGUGCGGCAGCACAACGAGGAGUACGAGGUCAUACGCGGCCUUAUAGCGGAGCAGCCGCCGCGCGCGACCACCCAGGCCGCGAUCGACGAGGAGCGCGCGCGCAUCGACGCGCUGCACGCAGAGCAGCGCCGCCACGCGGCCGCGCUCGAGCAGAAGCGGCGCGCGUUUGCUCUGCUGCUGCAGUGCAUAGAGGACCUGCAGCGCGCCGGCGACGACGACGGCGGGGGCGGGGACGCCGCGGGCGGCGGGGGGGCGGCGGCCAUGCAGGUCGACGGGUGA